CUUGGAGGCUCGGGCCAGGCGGUGUCUGGAGGCAGGUGGUGGCUGGCAACGCCGCUUGUGGUGCUGAGACUGGGGCAGCUGGCCAGAAUGGCGGACUGGAGCAUGCCCAUCAGCUCCCUGAGCGAGGACGUGGUGGCCAGGCUCUGUGAGCUCCUGGACAAUGCCAGCCGGGGCUGGCGCAAGCUGGCAGAGGUGGCUGGGGCUGAGAAACGCUUCAAGUGCAGUGAGGAGGAGCUGGAGAUGUGCUCGCUGAAGGUGCUGGAGUCCCGUGGCAGCCCCACGCAGUGCCUCCUGCAGCUGCUGGCCGAGCGUGACUGCAGCCUCAAGUACCUGCUGGGCUGCCUGGACAAGAUGGGGCACACGCAGGCCUGCCAGGUCCUCAGCGGUGCUGUCCAAGGCACAAUCUGCAUCACGGUGCAGCCAGAGUCGCAUAUGGUGGCAGAGGGGACGCGGGUGUCUCUGACCUGCUUGGCGACAGGCCCACCGGGGCUUAGUUACCAGUGGUUCUGUGGGAAGAAGGAGCUGCCCGGAGCCACAGCCCCAGAGCUGGUGAUUGACACGGCCACCUCGCAAGGCCAGCCUGGCUGGUACAUCUGCCGUGUGAAUUGUGGGGUCAGCUUCGUCUUCUCCAGGUGGGCCCACGUCCAGGUGGAGAAGAGCAGCAGCCCCAGCUCAGGCCCCAGGCUGGCUCCUGCAGAGCAUCAUUCACCCUGUUGGGCCCUGGCUCAGCUGCGAGAAUCGCUGGGCUUGCCGGGCGAGUGGGUACUGCCCGACCAUGGCGGGGCUGCAGAUCCUGCGGCAGCCACGGCCCUGCUGCUUGGCCGAAGGGGAUACUCUGGUCUGGAGUGCAGAGCCAUCGGCAACCCGCCGCCCCAGUACCAGUGGUUCAGAAAUCGGCGCCCUGUGGAGGGCGCACGAGCACCCCAGCUUCAGGUGAAGCUGGUGACGACAGCUGAGCGAGGCAGCUAUUCCUGCCGCGUGUUCAACCUCUUCCAUGAGAUGUGGAGCCAGGAGGUGGACGUGGAGAUUGGCCCGCGGCUCUUCACCUCCGGAGGCUCCUGGCAGGACGGGGAUGGAGGUGCCCCGGAGUGCUGUAGCCCUGGCCAGCUGUAUGCCACUGACAAAGUUGCCCUGCUGAUUGGCAACAUGCACUACCUGCACCACAAGCACCUGAAGGCCCCCAUGGUGGACGUUCACGCGUUAAGCAGCCUCCUCCGCCAGCUCGACUUCAAGGUGGUCUCGCUGCUGGACUUGUGCAAGGCUGAGAUGCAGAUGGCUGUCAAUGAGUUCCUCCUCCUCCUUGACAAGGGUGUCUAUGGUUUGCUUUACUAUGCCGGGCAUGGCUACGAGAAUUUCGGCAACAGCUUCAUGGUGCCGAUCGACGCACCCAGCUCCUACACCUCAGCCCACUGCCUGUGUGUGCAGGGCGUGCUGCGGAGCAUGCAGCAGCGCCACACUGGCCUCAACAUCUUCCUGCUCGACAUGUGCCGCAAGAGGAACCUCAACGAUGAUAUCAUCCCGCAGGUUGGGGCGUUGCAGGUCACAGCCAACAUUGUCUUUGGCUAUGCUACCUGCGCGGAUGCUGAAGCCUACGAGCUGAGCCAGGGUGAGCUCUCCAAUGGCAUCUUUGUCAGCUUCCUCAAGCGCUGGCUGCUGGAGGAUGAGAAGAUCACAGUACUGCUGGACAAGGUGGCUGAGGAUAUGGGCACGCUGGAAAUCACCCGGGGCCGGCAAGCCUUGGAGCUGCGUAGCAACCUCUCGGAGAGACGAGCCCUCACAGACCCCAUCCAGCCGCCUGAGGGCCAGGACGAGUCAUCCGUUAGGAACCUGCAGUGGGCCAAGGCCCAUGUCCUUCCAGAAAGCCGGCACCUCCACUUUGACUGUGGGGUCACCAUCCAGCUGGGCUUUGCCGCUGAGUUCUCCAACAUCAUGAUCAUCUAUACCCGCAUUGUGGCCACCUCAAAGGACAUUACCAAGUGUGAAGCCAAGCUCACAGACAUACCGGAGGAGCUGGAUGUGGAUCUCAAGUUCACCAACAAAGAGAGCCCUGAGGAGGUGGGCAGCCCGCUGUCCCCAACCUGGAGCCUCAAUAUCCCCUCCUGCUGCCUCUACAGCCGGCUCUGCGGCCUGCAGAAACUGCGGCAGGAGCUGGUGUUCACCGUGUGCCUGCAGUACCAGUACCGGGGCAUGGAUGACUUCGUGGAGGAGAGGCAGACGGUGAAUGUGGGGAAGCCGCUCAUUGCCAAGCUCAACCUGCGGCUUGGCAACGGCCUGGAUGCCUCUGCCCAGUCCAACCUGGAUGUCUCUGUCUCGCUGCCAGGCUCGGAGGCCUCGGGCAGCCCCCUGGGCGGUGGCGGCAGAGGGGACAUUCAGACUUCCCAGGCACAGGUUGGGGGCGGCCUGAGCCAGACCUGA